UAGCCAGCUAGCAAAUUCCCUUUAAGUGCGUAUUUCGUGCGUCGUGAUCUAUGAGGAGGCACAGAGGCUUUAUUCCGUGUCUGUUCAGAUCUUGAAAAUCGCAUUGGUGAUCGCAACAGUAGUUGACUCCAAGCAGGACAGAGAGAGAGUAUGUUGCCCGAUCAGGAUGGUCCAAGUGGCGUAGGAGGGAGCCAGGACAGCAGGGAGACAGGCGAGGACCCCUCCGUUUCUCUGUUCAGGGAGUACCUCCGUCUGAAGACCGUCCACCCGGAACCAGACUACGAUGCUGCUCUCACGUUUCUCAGCAGGAUGUCUGUGGAGCUUGGUUUGCCAAUGAAGAAAGUGGAGGUGUGUUCCGGUAGAGUAGUGGCCAUUAUUACAUGGACAGGCACAAAUCCAGCUCUGAAAUCUAUCCUCCUCAAUUCUCACACUGACGUAGUCCCUGUCUAUCCGGAUUGCUGGAAGCAUGAUCCAUUUGCAGCUGUGAAGGACGUGGAUGGGAACAUCUAUGGUCGAGGAGCUCAGGACAUGAAAUGCGUCACCAUCCAGUAUAUCGAAGCCAUUCGCCGUUUAAAGGCUGCAGGGAAGACAUUUGCACGCACCAUUCACAUGAUGUUUGUCCCAGAUGAAGAGGUUGGAGGUCACAAAGGAAUGGAGUCAUUUAUAAAGCACCCUGAGUUUCAGAAGCUCAAUGUAGGCUUUGCCCUGGAUGAAGGUCUUGCCAAUCCUACUGAAGAUUUCACUGUGUUCUACGGAGAGAGAAACCCCUGGUGGGUCACCAUUCGCUGUCCAGGUAGUCCAGGCCAUGGCUCCAGGUUUGUUGAGAACACAGCCGCAGAAAAGCUGCGCAGGGUCAUCAACUCAUUUCUGGACUUUAGGGAGAAAGAGAAACAUCGUCUCAUUAUCAGGUUGGACAUGAGUGAGUGUUUCACGCUCGGUGAUGUCACCACUGUUAAUAUGACGAUGGUGAAUGGAGGCGUGGCUUACAAUGUAGUGCCUGCUGAGAUGGAUGUCAGCUUUGACCUAAGAAUUCCACCCACUGUCAAUCUACAGGAGUUUGAGGAGCAGAUUGAGGCAUGGUGUAAAGAGGCAGGGGAGGAUGUUUCAUAUAACUUUGCGCAGAAAUUUAUGCACCAGAACACCACAUCCACCGAGGACAGUGACCCCUGGUGGAGAGCUUUUAGUUCCACCUGCAAAGCCAUGAGCAUGACGUUGAAGAAGGAGAUUUUCCCAGCGGCCACAGACAGCCGCUUCAUCAGAGCAGUGGGGCUGCCAGCCAUUGGUUUCUCCCCGAUGAACCUCACUCCCAUUCUGCUGCACGACCACAAUGAGUUCCUCAACGAACAAGUCUUCUUGCGAGGCAUUGAUGUGUACGAGAGACUGGUGCCUGUUCUCGCUUGCAUGCCUCCCCUGACCAUUGAGGGCUAGGUACCCACCCCUCUGACUUUGGAUCAUUGUCCUGCCCUCCUAUUCUCCCUGCCAUGCUUUUAGCCACUCUGCAGUGGCUCCUCUACUCUUCUUCAUUUUGCUCACUUCAUCUGUUUAAAAACCGUGCUGUUUUUCGCACUUUUAAAUAUUGCUUCUAAACUUUUCACGCAAGCUUUAGAAAAGCAUCUCUACACCAAAGAACGGAAGGAACCCACUUAAGAGACUUCAGCUUGGUGUGUGCUUGUAAAACAGUAACUCAGGAUUUGCUUUUUAAACCAUCAAAUAACCUCAACACACACCAAGUUUGCUGUAGCUUCAGCAAGAUAUUUUACUCAAGUUAUCAUCGUUAAGAACUUCAUCUAAAUGUCUAAGUGAGCGACAGUAAAACUACGCUCUGUUAGCGAGCGUGUUCGUGACAUUAGCGAAGGCUGCUGACAACUUGAGAACGUAACACUGUGCUUUGCCAAAUUAUGUUUUCGGUCACAUGUAAUCUGUUUGAUUUAUAAUAUGAAAACGUAAUUUAUAAUACAUAUCAUGGGACUGAUUUUAUAAAAUUGUUUAAAAUAUUUCGAUGGUGCUGGUUCAGAAAAUUUUUCAUUUUCCUUUUAAAGUUGUUCUGUGGAAAGUGUAAAUAAACUAAUGCAAUAUGACCACUAGGGGUCAGACGUGUCCUCUGCGAUUAAAGCUCAUCCAUACGUAAAUAUGAA